AUGGGCUCUAUAUCCCCCCUGAGAUUGAAACGCACCCCUCUCAAAAACUCCGGGGCAAUCGACCACCUCGAAUACGUCGAUGUCACUCCCAUCAUCGGCCGCGAAUACCCAACGGCCAAACUGAAGGAGAUUCUUCACGCGCCCAACGCCGAAGACCAGAUUCGCGACCUGGCCAUCACCAUCUGCGAGCGCGGUGUCGUCUUCUUCCGCGCUCCCCAAGACGACUUGACCGUCGCCGAGCAAAAGCAGAUCACCGACCUGUUAGGCAAGUUUACUGGUCGUCCCGAGGAUCAUGGCCUGCACGUCCAUCCGUUGUACAACGAUCCCAACAAUAUUCCCAUGGCCGACGGAACAACCGAUGAGAAUAUAUACGUGAUCAAUUCUGAAGCGAUGAAAAAGAUAUAUGCAACCAUGAAGAACCGACCAAACAGUCAAUCAGAACCCAGGGAUCUCGGUCGAGAAUGGCAUAGUGAUUGCCUUUUUGAAGAAUGUCCCGCCGACUUCAGCUUCCUCCGUAUGCAAGACACACCACCUUCGGGGGGGGACACACUCUGGGUGUCCGGUUAUGAACUGUACGACCGCCUCUCCCCUCCAAUGCAAGCCUUCUUCGAAUCCCUCACGGCCACGUGCGCCCAACCCGUGUUCGAGUCCGCGACGAAAGCAGGCGGCUACGAGGUCAUGUCGCCGCGCGGGUCGCCGCUCAACACCGACCUGAACUUCAGCCCCGUGCACCCGGUCAUCCGCACCCACCCGGUCACGGGGUGGAAGUCGCUGUUCGCCGGCGUGGGCCUGCACGUGUCGCGCAUCAACGACGUCUACAACUACGAGGACCAGAUGAUCCGAGACUACGUCCUGCGCCUGAUCACCCGGAACCACGACUGCGUCGCCCGCAUGCACUGGACCAAACAGGCCUGUGCCAUCUGGAGUAACGCGUGUACCUUGCAUGCCGCAACUCCCGAUACUCAUCUCGUCGACGGAAUCCGGACCGGCGUCCGCGCUUCAGGAGUCGGCGAGAAACCGUACCUUGACCCCGCGUCAACUGGAAGACGAGAAGCCUUGGGAUUGCCCAGAAAUUAA